AUGUGGUCCAAUAGCAGUGCUGCUCCCUUCUUGCUGACAGGCAUUCUGGGCUUGGAAGCAGUUCAUCACUGGAUUUCCAUCCCCUUCUUUGCCAUCUACCUCUCCAUUCUUUCAGGCAAUGGCACACUUCUCUUCCUCAUUUGGAAUGACCACAGCCUUUAUGAGCCCAUGUACUACUUGCUGGCUCUCCUGGCAGGUACAGAUCUUGGGAUGACAUUAACUACCAUGCCCAUGGUCUUGGCUGUCCUCUUGUUUGACCACAGGGAAAUUGCCCAGGGUGUCUGUUUCACUCAGUCCUAUUUAAUUCACUCAUUGGCCAUCGUCGAAUCAGGGGUCUUGCUUGCCAUGGCCUAUGACCGUUUCAUUGCCAUUCGUUCCCCCUUGAGGUACAACUCCAUUCUUACCAAUUCCAGGGUGAUGAGGAUAGGACUGGGCGUAAUGUUGAGGGGCUUUGUGACCAUUGUGCCUCUAAUUGUGUGGCUCUACUGGUUCCCAUACUGUCAUUCCCAUGUUCUUUCCCAUGCCUUUUGCCUCCAUCAGGAUGUCAUGAAGCUUGCCUGUGCUGAUAUUACCUUUAAUCGCUUAUACCCAGUCAUUCUGGUGGCUUUGACUUUCUUUCUGGAUGCACUAAUCAUUGUUUUUUCUUAUGUCCUGAUUCUAAAGACAGUGAUGGGCAUUGCCUCUGGGGAGGAGCGAGCUAAGGCCCUCAACACUUGUGUCUCCCACAUUAGCUGUGUGCUGGUGUUCUACAUCACCGUGAUUGGGCUGACCUUCAUCCACAGGUUUGGGAAGCAUGCCCCACAUAUGGUCCACAUCACCAUGAACUAUGUCUACUUUCUCUUUCCACCAUUCAUGGACCCCAUUAUAUAUAGCAUCAAAACUAAGCAGAUUCAGAGAAGCAUCGUUCAUCUGUUUUCUGUACACAGCAGGGCUUGA